UCACACGUGGACGAGCGCGACCGGAACCUAGAUGCGACCGCGCGCGCGUUCCCGCCUGCUGCUCGCCCGCUCUCACGGCUCCGGCGAGCGGAGAAAUCAAAACACUCUAACCAUCUCUUCACAGAGAGAUGAACUGACACAACCGAGAAACCAUCGCGGCUCAACGGAUGACUGUCCGGCUCUAAAACCUCGCGGCGUUUCUCUUUCUGUGGAAGUGAAAGGAGCGGGACGAACAACAGUUUUCGAGUUGAAUACGCCAGAGUUUGUGCGUUUUCGCUGUACGCUUUGAUAUUUCCCACAAGAAGUUUUAAAAACAAGUUCGGACCGGAUUCUGUUUGGAGAGGCGCAAUCUUCUCAAAACUACAAAACAUGGAUUUAUUCCUUAUUUUAACGGUAAAACUUUGAUUAACCAUCCGAAUUAGCGUGUAACAGCUGCUUUACAGUCUUUUCCAGGAUUUCUUGUAUAGGAAAAUAUCUAUUGUUGUCCGGAGAGACACUUUUCUUUCUUUUUUUGCUGUGACAGGACGCGUUUACAGAGCCAAAUAUGUCAGUCCACGAUGAAGAGGAGGAAACUCGUAUGAUUCUCUGAGGGGAAAACACAUCUAAGUCAUAUUUUAACAUUUUACUGCGCGCCAUAAUAACUGGAUUAUUUCGUUAUACAAAGUCCUGUAUAGCUCUUUAAAAAAGUUGUUAAGCGUAACGUUACAUCACUGCUAAGAGCGUUCUCACGCAAUUGACCCAAGGCUUUUUAGUGCCCUUUGGACUAACAGAGGAACUGGGACAUUUUCACGUCAGCUUUAUCUUGGUACGUUCGCCAGUGUGCCAGAUAUACAGUUUUUAUUUUUGCCAAUAUUCUGCAUUGUUCCUGUCAAUAUGGAGGAGUGGAGACAGUGCGGUCGCUGGUUGAUAGACUGUAAGGUUUUGCCCCACAACCAUCGGGUCGUUUGGCCCUCAGCGGUGGUAUUCGACCUGGCCCAGGCGCUCAGAGAUGGGGUGCUUCUGUGCCAGAUGCUGCACAAUCUGUCUCCUGGAUCCGUGGACCUAAAGCAGAUCAACUUCAGGCCUCAGAUGUCACAGGGAUACCGUUUAUCAAGCAACAGAGGAAGCAGUCAGUUCACAAGGAUUAAGCAAGACCUCACACCAUGACCGGACAUGUUUUAGGAGACGAGGCUUCACUGUAUGUUUCAGCUUGGUAGAUUGAUCUCAUGUCACCCAAGCUGGUGAGGGGAUAUUAAUGCAAUUCACGGUAGCUCUGCUAGGCCAUAUUACUGUUGUUGAGAGGGUGGAUCAUGUUGAAAAGCACAGGAUAUAUGAAACCUUUUAGAGGAAUUCUUAUCCAAAAGCACAGUGGGAGGAAUUCCAAGAGCAUGCAAGAUUUAUUUAUUUUAUUUGUGAUGGACCAGUUGUGAUAUUGCCAUAAUAAAAUUCCAUAACAAUGUUAUACAUAAGCAAUGGGUUAUCUCAAGAGUGAUUCUUAAUAGCUAUAAAAUUGGUGCUCAGGGAAGAGAAAUUAUAAUUGAUAGACUGAACAGUUGCUUUAUGUUUCAAACUCUUGCAGCAGAUUAUUUCUCAUUUUAAUGCCCAGAUCAUUCGGUGGCCUUCAGACUCAGUGC